UUUAAGCCGCCUCCAAUGUUUAAUGUUUGGCGGCGCAGGCCUAUGAGAGCAUUAUUGCAAUUUUUAAUUUCAAGCCCAAACAUUUUCUUUUAAAUUAUUUAAAUUUCGUUUAGAAAAAUGGAAACAGUUUUACCACAUACACGUAUACGCACUAUUAUGAAGAGUUCCUUGGACACGGGAAAUAUUAGCAAUGAAGUACUUUAUCUUAUGACGAAAUCCACUGAAAUGUUUAUUAAACACUUUAGCAAAGAAUCAUACAACAAUGCCAAAAAACCGAAUACAUUAAAAUAUGAGCACUUGGCAGAACUAGUACAAAAUGAAGAUAACUUGGAAUUCCUGCUACAAAUAGUGCCGCAAAAGAUAAAAGUAAAAGAUUUUAAAGCCCUGAUAGAGCAAGAUGAUGAUUCCAGUGAGUCUUCUUCGGAAAGUGACUGAAAGUAUAAGUAGAAUAAAAAAGUACGCCUCAUAAACAAAAACGUAGAUUAAGUUAUUUUGAAUAAACAGCAUUUGAAAAAAAACGAA